AUGGCCGGACCGGGUGGUGGACCUCCUCGCAAGAGCCAUACAAAGUCGAGAAAGGGCUGCAAAACCUGCAAGCGAAGGCAUAUCAGAUGUGAUGAGACGAUGCCCCAGUGCCGCAACUGCACAAAGCACAACUGCCGUUGUGAUUAUAUGGACACCUUUAUAGCCCAAGAGCAAGCAGCAAGUCCAAGAUGUCCAGAUCUCCUCAUGUCUCCUGAGAUAGAAAUGGAGAUCGAUACCUGGCAGCGAACGGGGAAUCCCCCAUUCCCAGAACUCCAGCCUAGUUCCAGGACCUACUGGUACAGAUUCUCGAAAACGGAUCUGCGACUUAUUCAUCACAUCUCUGGAUUGUCGAUAGACCUGCACCGGAGAGGUUACAGCAACUGCACGGUUUGGGCUCAAAAGAUGCCAAUAUUCCUCGCGAUUGCUCUGUCAAGCGAUUUCGUGAUGAGCGCUAUACUAGCUUUGUCGGCUUCUCAUCUUGCUUGGAUGACCCAGAACCAGGACACCGAGAAUCUGGCAUACCACCACAGUGGUGUGGCCAUGAAAGGCCUUCAUGAAGCAAUCGGAAGCUUCUCUCGUGAAAACUCGGAUGCAAUUCUGGCAGCGUCGUUGUUGCUUUCUUGGCAAGCGACAGAAUGUUGGGCUUCGCUGCAGCAGGGCGUUUCAACCGUCCUUAAUUCGAUGCAGCCGUGGUGGAAAGACGAAUCGGAGCUGGCCAGAUUUAUGGAAAGCCAGAAAGCGUUCCGAAGUUCGCGGACACCAAUGACACCAACCUAUCCAGGGGCCAUGGGCCAAUUGCACAGUGAGGAUCUUAUGAGACUAGAUCGCAUCCUCGCGUCGCUGCAGAAUAUCCACCAGCGCAUCUCUCACAACCAAGAACACUACCGAAGAAUAACUGAUCUUCUAAGUUUCGCCCAUCGGCUGCGGGAAGAUCUCCCUAUACAAUCACCAGAGAAGGCAUUUGAAAGGCUCCAGCCGCUGAGAACAUGGCUUUUCUGGCUACCUCCAACAAUGCUUCGAGGUGGAGACUCUGAUCUUGGAGCACUUGCUGUGCUUUCACAAUUUUUUGGAUUUGCAUUGGCCCUGGAACCCAUUUUCCCCGAAUUCGGUGGAUCGUACCUUGGCUCUAUGUCCGUAUCUCCGAUUGAAGACAUUCGAAAGAUACUCUAUCACCGUAGGGCCACGAACCCCUUUGCUCCGGACGUUCCUCUUGCCCUUAGCCUGAUGGAAUUACCUGGCGAAAUCGUUGCAGAAUAUAGAAGCCGGCUGCAAUGGUCACCUAGAACAUCCUUGGACGCAUAUUCUUCCGGCUCACAUAGCCCCUACCAGUCGCUUCCAACUCCUCAUCUCCCCCCUACACCAACUACCGCGCAUUAUCCAGCGUAUACGACCUCGCCGCUCCAUUCACCCCUGACUCCAGCAAUUGUUGGCUCACCAUACCAAAUGCCAACCAUACUUGAUUCCCGGCGGCAUUCGCAUGCCUAUGCAGCCUCUCCUAGCCUUCCUCCCGAAUCGAUAGACGACCGAACGACAGAAUAUAAGCACCACCAUACGACUGUUUUCAAUCCUGCAUACUUGGGCAAUCUUAUUCACCCAGGAACGCCUCUUGGGAUCGAUUACAGCCAUUCAGCUCCAGUGGAUAUGACAGGAGGGUUCGUCGCUCCGGAACUUUGUUGGACCUGA